CAUAAGGGCGCCUAGCAGCACCUUGUUACAUCUCGUUGGGGCAAUGAACUACAUGCAUGAAAUCUAUACCAGCACGCAGCAGAAAAUAAUUUAUGUUCAUCAUAUAUAUAUCUAUAUAUAUAUAUAUAUAUCAUAGCUUUGAGAUUUUAGUUACAUGAAAUCUGUAUAUAAUGCCAGCGAUCUACCAAUAGAAGAAGAAUACGACUAUAUAAUAGUGGGAGGUGGCACUGCAGGGUGUCCAUUGGCUGCAACUUUAUCAGAGAAAUACUCUGUUCUUGUCCUUGAAAGAGGCAGUGUUCCUGCCGCAUAUCCACAAGUGUUGAGCGCAGAUGGGUUAUUAAGAUUUCUCAUCCAAGUAGACGAUGGAAAUACACCUGCUCAGAGAUUCAAAUCUGAAGAUGGAGUUGCAAAUGCAAGAGGUAGGAUAUUGGGUGGUAGCAGCAUGAUCAAUAUAGGUUUCUACUCGAGAGCUGAAGAUGAAUUCUAUAAAGAAUCAGGCAUCCAAUGGGACAUGGACAUGGUCGAGAAGGCAUAUCAGUGGGUGGAAGAGACUGUUGUUUUCCGAUCCGAUCAUCUGUCCGUUUGGCAAUCCAUUGCGAAACAAGCUCUUUUGGAAGCAGGAGUUGGACCUGAAAAUGGAUUCAGUUUGGAUCACAUUGUCGGAACCAAAGUUGGAGCUUCCAUCUUCGAUGAGGAUGGAAGGAGACAUGGAGCUGUGGAGUUGUUAAAUAGAGGGCAACUCGCCAACCUGCAAAUUGCAGUUCAUGCAACAGUCGAAAGAAUCAUCUUUUCUUCAGAUCCAUCAGGAUUGUCGGCGAGGGGAGUCCUAUACAGUGAUUCAAAAGGAAAAAGUCACAGGGCACAUAUACGAGACAAAGGAGAGGUGAUAUUGAGUGCAGGGUCGAUUGGGAGCCCUCAGCUUCUCCUCCUCAGUGGAGUCGGCCCAUAUUCCGAACUUUCCUCACAGCAAAUCCCAAUCGUCCACCCGAAUCCUUACAUCGGAAAGUUCAUGGCCGACAAUCCCCGCAACACCAUCAACAUCAUCAGCCCAUUUCCAUUGGACCCUUCGUACGUACAGGUCGUAGGGAUCACAAACGAUUACUACAUCGAAUCCCUCUCUUCCAAAGUUCCUUCUUCACUUCUUCCCCCAUCAACGCUUUUCCCAAACGCAACUUUCCCCGUCGAUGUCAGCGUGGCGACGGUCGGGGAGAAAAUCGUCGGACCACUAUCCACUGGUUCUCUCCGGUUGGCAUCGCCAGCUGACGUGAGAGACAACCCAGUUGUCAGGUUCAACUACUUCGAAGAUCCGGUGGAUCUUGCUCGGUGUGUAAGUGGGAUGAGGAAGAUUGGGGAGGUGCUGAAGACGGAGUCCAUGGAUAGGUUUAAGUUGAGAGGAUUGUUGGUUGGAGAGGGUUUUGUGUAUUUUGGAGCACCUUUUCCGGUGAACCCGUCUGAUGAUUUGUCAAUGGAAGUAUUUUGUAAAACGACAGUGGAGACGUUUUGGCAUUAUCAUGGAGGUUGCUUGGUGGGGAAGGUGGUGGAUGGUGAUUUGCGGGUGACGGGGAUUAAUGGACUUCGUGUUGUCGAUGGCUCCACUUUCAAUAGAUCACCGGGGACCAAUCCUCAAGCCACCGUUAUGAUGAUGGCCAGGUACAUAGGCCUUAAGAUGCUUCAGCAAAGAAGCCCAUCAAAGUAGGAAACACUAAAAAGAGAAUAGUAGGAGACAAGUAAGAACAAUGUUAAUCUUUUGUAGCAUUAAAUUACAAUAAUGACCCGAAAAAGAAACGUCAAAAAAUAGAUAUACGAGUGUAGCGGAAAAAAAAAAAAAACAAGAUUUGUCAUCACAUUAUUUUUUUGACUUUCUGGAGUUUGUUCAAUGUAUCUAUAAUAUAUAUAUUUAUACAUACUUUUACUAUAAUACAGGUGCAGGCCGCAUUACAUGUAAUUCUCUACUAGUUACAUGUAUUAUAUA